UAGGGCUGCGCCUGCCUCCUUCCUGCCGCGGCGACCCCGGGCGGGGAGGGCGGGUCGGAGCCUAGAGGAGAGGCGGGGGCGAGGCGGGCGGGUCAUGCCUUGGUUGCCCCGCGCCGCGCUCCUUUGGGACGUGGUCCUGGGCUUUUUGGGCACCGCCGCCUUCCUGAUCGACCUGGGCGCCGACCUGUGGGCCGCGGGCCAGUAUGUGCUCAGCGGCCGCUACCUGUGGGCCGCGCUGGUGCUGGCGCUGCUGGGCCUCGCCUCGGUGGCGCUGCAGCUCUUCAGCUGGGUCUGGUUGCGCGCCGACCCCGCCGGCUUGCACGCGCCGCAGCCCCCCGGCCGCUGCCUGGCGCUGCUGCAUCUCUUGCAGCUGGGCUACCUGUACAGGUGUGUACAGGGGCUGCGGCAGGGGCUCCUCGUGUGGCAGCAGGAGGCGCCCUCCGAGUUUGACCUGGCUUAUGCCGACUUCCUAACCCUGGACAUCAGCAUGCUGCGGCUCUUCGAGACCUUCUUGGAGACGACACCACAGCUCACGCUGGUGCUGGCCAUCGUGUUGCAGAGCGGCUGGGCCGAGCCCUACCAGUGGGUCGGCAUCUGCACGUCUUUCGUGGGCAUCUCGUGGGCGCUGCUUGACUACCACCGGGCCUUGCGCACCUGCCUGCCCCCCAGGUCGCGCCUGGGGCUGGGCUCCUCUGUGUUCUACUUCCUGUGGAACCUGCUGCUGCUGUGGCCCCGAGUGCUGGCCGUGGCCCUCUUCUCUGCUCUCUUCCCCCACUACGUGGCCCUGCACUUCCUGGGCCUGUGGCUGGUGCUGCUGUCGUGGGUCUGGCUGCAGGGCACGGACUUCAUGCCAGACUCCUGCUCAGAGUGGCUGUACCGGGCCACCGUGGCCACCAUUCUGUACUUCUCCUGGUUCAACGUGGCCGAGGGCCGCACCCGAGGCCGCGCCACCAUCCACCUGCUGUUCCUCCUGAGUGACAGCGUCCUCAUGGUGGUCACCUGGUUGACCCACGUCACCUGGCUGCCCAGUGGGAUCCCACUGCAGGUGUUGCUGCUGGCGAGCGGCAUCUGCUUCCUCUUGGGCCUGGCUCUGCGGCUCGUGUACUACCGCUGGCUGCACCCGAGCUGCCGCUGGGAGCCCGACCGGGUGGAUGGGGCCCAGGGCGUCCGCUCCCUCGAGGGGCAUCCGCUGCCUCACAACAGGCGCUUGACCCACUUGGCUCAGAACUUUUUCCCCAGGGUUAGGGAUGAGGCUGCUUUGCCACAGAAGGGAGAGGUGAAUGGGGUCCUUUGAGGCGAGGCCCGAGCCGGCAGGCACAGACCAGAUGGAAUCAACUGGUAGAAUGCAGAAGAUAAGCUAAUGAUGCUGCUACGGGCCUGGAUUCCCUCAGGAAGCGCUUGGUGACUGAUGUGCCAGGCGCUGGAGACCAGAGUUGAGUAAAGACACAGGCCUGCCUUCGAGGAUGAGAACGAGAUGAGAACAGCAGGGCCCUGGAGAGUCAAGGGCUCCAGUUACAUACAAGACACUUUGGGAGGAAAGAAGAGACCCCCUUCCCCACCCGACCCCACCCCCACCAACCAGUAGAGCUGGUACCCCAAAGCUCCUAGAGAUGGUAUUUUCACCUCCCUGGCCACCUCUAAAAUAAUAGGUGGAGGUGCUGUCCCACGGCUUGGCUCCCCGAUCCUGGGCUAGAAGGCCCCGGAUCCCCAGGAUGUGUUCAGAAUUCUUCCUCUCUGCCUCGCCUGUCAUUGUGUUCAUCCAACAAAUGUUUACUGAGAGCAUUCUCUGUGGCAGGAAUAUUCUAUCCUUGGAGGCUGGAACAAGAUCAGCUGCCACCUGAGCUUUAUCCCUUACCCUCUCCAGCUACCCCUGAGCGGGCUGUCAUGCUGGAAGCCGGGGAUGUCCAGCUAGUGGCCCCCGUCAGCCUCCCCAAGGCCUCCGUGCAACCGGCCCAGCCUCUGGCCCUGCUCUCAAGCGGCCACCUUUCAACCAAGUGCUUGUGAGCCUGUGGCCUGGGCCAUGGCUCAGCCCGUUGAGUAUUUUUCUACUUUAGGCAGUACACUUUCUACCUCAGAGUCUAUGUGAGAGGAAGAGAAGGUGUGUGCAUAUGUGUCUUUGCAAGUGAAGGACACGUAUGUGUUGUUUUUGUUUAACAGUAUUAUUAGAUUAUUAUUAAAACCUCAUGAAACCCUCCAACCUAGUUGUGUCAUUAAU